AUGCGCAGCGCCCUGGGCGCGCUGCGCCCCUUGGGCACUGCCAGCCUGGCCCUAUUGCUGCUCUUGCUGAUAGCGCUACAGCCUCUUGGCGCCGACGCUGCCCUUGGCAUGUCCUGCCAGAUCUCCAUCACUAUUCCAGAAGAAGAGCCAUUGGGUACCCUUGUCACCACCAUGACUGCAUCGGGUGGCACACCACCCUACACCUUCAAUUUUGUAGCCAGCAACUACCUGGCUCCAAUUUCUCCAGACGGGUUUUAUAAUAUCUCCAGCACCGGUGCAAUGCGCGUGCAUAACCGCAUCGAUGCUGAUUUGUAUCCGCAGGGGCUGACAGUGCGCUACUUGGUGCGUGCCACUGAUAGCGUCGGUACCACCGGCACCUGCUAUUCCAUCAUAUCUGUUGACAACAUCAACGAUAACCCUCCCACAUGUCUGGAUGCACAAAACAUCUUCACCGUGGCCGAGAACGCUCCUAAUGACCAGAGUCUGGGCAGCGUAGCCAUCGAAGACCCGGACACUGGCUCGGCCAUCUCCUUUUCCCUCCUCAACUCGACUGCACCGACUGGCAUGUUUCAAUUCUCAUCCAACGUCGUCAAGCUGCACGACAACAGCAUGCUGGAUUAUGACACUGAGCCGUAUAGCUACACGCUCUUUGUUCGCGUCGAUGACGGCGGGUUCCAGGCCGCCUGCCCUGUUCAAAUCCUCAUUACUAACGUGAACGAUGAACCCCCCACAUUUUUGGACGGUCCUUACUCUUUUCACGUGCUCGAGUCCGCCAGCAUUUAUGAGCUCGUUGGCAUCGUGAAUGCAUCGGGUGGAGGUCGCGACUCACCACCGUCCAAUUAUGCAGUGGUGGGGAGCUCAUCCUUUACCAUCACCCCCACGGGCCGGCUUCAGGUCAUGACGCCCUUGGAUGCCGACGUUCUCACCGGCCCCCUUGAGUUUAUGGUGGUUGCCCUUGACGGUCCCUUCAACGCAUCAACAAACGUGACCGUCUUUGUCGAUGAUGUCAACGACAUUGCUCCCUUUUUUGACAACCCAAGCCCUUAUCUGGUGCAGCUGCCCGAAGAUACGGCCAACGGCACAACAGUGCUCAUUUUCAACGUUUCAAAUCCAGACAUCACGCCAGCCUUUCAAGAGUUCACCCUCCAGUUACUCACAGCUUCACCGUUUUUCGAGCUAGAUCUCUCAGCCGAACCUUCUCUCAAACUGCGCUACGCCCCUGACUAUGAAAUACCAUCCCAGCGUAACCUAUCUCUAGUGGUUCAAGCCAGCGACGAUGCUGGCUACUCGCUAGCCACUAUCAUCAUCACCGUUCUUGAUGCUAAUGACAAUGCUCCUCAGCUCACUUCCCAGCUCGAUUUCUUUGUCAACGAAGGCGAAAAUAUCGGGUUUGAGGUAGCUCAGCUCACUGCCUCAGAUCGAGACAGCGGCUUGGCCGGUCAAGUCCAAUUCAUUCAGGACUCGCCCUUGUCUGGCUAUUUCAAUGUCACACCCGAUGGCCGCGUGCUCGUUGCCCAACAGCUCAGUUUCUUUCAGGAUCCUGUCGUUAGUGUGUCGGUGUAUCCUGAAGACUUAGGCUCACCACCCCUGCGUGGUCCCACAUCCUUCCUCAACAUUUCAGUGAUUGAGCUCAUCACCAACGAUGCCGCACCAACCUUCGACAAUGGACCGUUUUCCGUCACCAUUCCCGAGGACGUUACGCCAAAUGAGCCCAUUAUUCGCAUUAACGUAACAGAUAUGGAUCCCGCUCACGGGAAUGGCCCUUUUCUUUUCGAGUUGGUCAGCGCUCCGGCCUUUGUACAGCUACAGCCGGUUGCUGAGCGCUCCGUUGAUGUGGUCAUGACACGUCAAGUCGAUGUCGAUCCUCCCGGUGCCAUUGUCUUUUAUUCCUUCGGAAUCCGCGUGAGCGACAACCAUCCCUACAACCCCCUCACUCGCGUGGCCAUCUUCAAUCUGACCAUUGUCGAUGCUAACGACAAUGCCCCGCAAAUUUUGGAUGAGUAUGAGAUUUUUGUUUUCGAGAAUAUGACGUCCGGUGUUGAGCUUAUCACCAUCAUUCCCUCUGAUGCGGAUCGUGAUCCAGUCAACCAAGGCUUUUUCUUGGUCACGGUAGGCGACACAUUUACCUCUGACCUCCAAACCGGCGUCAUAUCACUUGCGCCUGGGAUGGCAUUGGAUGCAGAGGCUGCCUUCCCACCGGCCGGAACACAGGUUUCAGUGGUCGGAUUCAACACCCCAUUUGUGUAUGGCGAGCGGCAGACCUUCUUUACCAUCUACUGCCUACCAUUCGAUCCCGUGAACGGCACUUUCCCGCGCGACAACGCCAUCGUUCGUGUCAAUGUACUCGAUUCCAACGACGAGACACCGGUGUUUACCAAUCCAAUUGCCUUUCUCACUCUCCGUGAAGGCCAAGACUUUUCGCAAGGAUUCAGUGCCACCGAUGCAGACAUCACCAGCCCUAACAACGUGAUCGACUACGCCAUUGACUCGGCUUCUGAUGACAUUUUUGAGCUGGUUGGUCAAGUGGUUCAGAAUAGCAUGGAAAUUGAUGCUGAGGCUCACGGCUUACAGUUGCGCGUCACCAUUCGUGCUACGGAUCGAGGCUUCCCGACUUUGGCAACGUGCUUUGAUCUUGGUGCAGAUUGUUAUUUCACCAGCCCGGACUUCGAACUGAUUGUGACUGUGACAGACGUCAACGACAAUGCACCAGCAAUCGAUGCCAUUGACUACGUGCCAGCGUUCGAGAACCUGACCCUCGGCUCGACGCUGGUCGAUUUUACCCUCAGUGAUGCCGACGUCACCUCACCAAACAACAAGAUGGCGCUUUCGAUCAGCGAUGAUAGCGGCUUGUUUCGCGUGGAAGGAACUCGAAUCCUUUUGAAUGGCACCCUCGACUACGAAACCCAGCAGUCCUAUAAUCCUCCGCUUUCGGUGAGCACAGUCAUUACCAUCAAUGUCCUUGAUGUGAAUGAUAACGCGCCCUUUCUGGUGUUUGACUCGCUCUUGGACUACGUGUACGAGAAUGACCCUGCAGGCACACAGCUUGGCGUUGUGAAUGUCUCUGAUCUUGAUUCUGGUGUCAAUGCUAUGGUGACACUAUCUACUGCCACAUCGCCCAGCCAUGCGUCUGCCGUUUACAACAACACGGCUGUAGUCCUAGUUGAUGGCCACACGCUCACCGUUGGUGACCUGGCGCUGAACGUCACUGGCACUGACCACGGUUCCCCGCCAUUGGCGACAACCUUGCACCAUGAAGCACUCGUCCUUGACGUGAAUAACCACUGUCCUGUCGUGACUUCUCCGCUUGACGUGACCGUUCAUGCCAAUGCGAUCAGCGACCAUUUGGUCACCAUUGUGCAAGCCACUGACGAUGAUAUUGGUGCAAAUUCCAAUCUCUCUUUCGAAGCACUCGGUGGCAAUGCGACUGCUUUUGUGAAUAUCAGCGCAAGCUCGGGUGCUGUGACUGUGCGAGUAUCUGAUUUUUGCGCCCUGGCCAACGAAGUUCUUGUACUCGAGAGUGUCAAAAGCGGUGUGAUCGCAUCCACGCCGACUUUUUCCCCGCAGAGUACACACGAAGUGCUUGUCGGAGCGAUUGUGCAGCUGCAGCUGCCAUGGACCCAUUCACGAGCUGCUCAGGACUGUGCGGCAUACCCACAUCCUGCUCGUUAG